GCCAGGCAUGCGCUGAAAUAAAACUUACAGGCUGACUACUGAAAAUAUAGAACAUGGCAUAUAACUAUGUUGUUACGGCACAUAAGCCGACGGCAGUCAAUGCAUGUGUUACAGGUAACUUCACAUCAUCAGAUGACCUCAAUCUCAUUAUUGCUAGAAAUACCCGUAUGGAGAUAUAUGUUGUAACACCUGAGGGAUUAAGACCAAUAAAAGAAGUUGGUAUAAAUGGUAGAAUUGAUGUUAUGGAACUAUUCCGACCUCCUGGAGAAUCUAAGGAUGUUAUGUUUAUCUUGACCUCACGUUACAAUGCCAUGAUAUUAGAAUGUCAGCAGGAUGGUGAAAAUAUUGAUAUCAUUACCAGAGCACAUGGAAAUGUACAGGACCGUAUUGGAAGACCAUCCGAGACUGGUAUUAUUGGAAUUGUAGAUCCACUUUGUAGAGUAAUUGGUCUCAGGCUUUAUGAUGGCCUGUUUAAAGUAAUUCCUCUUGACAGAGACAACAAAGAGCUGAAAGCAUUUAAUAUCAGGUUAGAAGAACUGACAGUUAUAGAUAUACAGUUUUUACAUGGCUGUACAACACCUACCCUUAUUCUUAUUCAUCAGGAUCCCCAUGGGAGACAUGUGAAGACUUACGAGAUAAAUUUAAGUGUGAAGGAAUUUCAGAAAGGUCCUUGGAAACAAGAUAAUGUUGAAACUGAAGCUUGUAUGGUUAUUGCAGUGCCAGAGCCUUUUGGUGGCGCCUUGAUUAUAGGACAGGAAUCCAUUACAUACCAGAAGGGAGAUAACUGCUUACCUGUGGCACCUCCUGCUAUCAAGCAAAGUACUUUAACUUGUUAUGGUAAAGUGGAUGCUAAUGGAUCACGAUAUCUCCUUGGUGAUAUGGCUGGUCGAUUGUUCCUGUUGCUUCUAGAAAAAGAAGAAAAAAUGGACAAUACUGUUGUCGUGAAAGAUCUCAAAGUAGAAUUCCUUGGUGAGACAACGAUAGCUGAAUGUAUCACAUACUUGGAUAAUGGUGUUGUUUAUAUUGGAUCCAGACUAGGAGAUUCACAGCUUGUCAAGUUAAAUGUUGAAUCAGAUGAAAAUGGGUCAUAUGUACAGGAGAUGGAAAGAUUUACAAACCUUGGGCCCAUCCUGGAUAUGUGUGUUGUUGACCUUGAAAGACAAGGUCAAGGACAGUUAGUCACAUGCUCUGGAGCCUAUAAAGAAGGAUCAUUACGUAUAAUAAGGAAUGGUAUUGGUAUACAUGAACAUGCCAGUAUAGAUUUACCAGGAAUUAAAGGUAUAUGGUCACUGAGAAUUGGAUCAACAGAUUAUGAUGAUUAUAUAGUUUUGUCAUUUGUUGGACAAACAAGAGUAUUAAUGUUGAAUGGUGAAGAAGUGGAAGAAACAGAGUUAGCAGGCUUUGAUUCAGAUCAACAAACAUUUUUAUGUGCUAAUGUUUGUCACAGUCAAAUAUUACAGGUAACACAGUCAGCUGUUAGGUUAAUUAACACAGAAAGUAGAGCAUUAGUGAGUGAGUGGAAACAUCCUUCAAUGAAGAACAUAAGUUUGGCCAGCUGUAAUAUAUCACAGGUUAUUAUAGCUGUUGGUAGUGAACUGUUCCUGUUAAAUAUACUACCAGGAGAAGUUAGACAGAUAAGUACAACAACAAUGGAACAUGAGGUAGCAUGUGUUGAUAUUACACCCCUUAGGGAUGGUGAAGAGAAAUCAGACUUAUGUGCCGUAGGAUUAUGGACAGAUAUUUCUGCCAGAGUUCUACGACUACCUUCAUUUGAAAGUUUACACGUUGAAAUGCUUGGGGGAGAAAUAAUUCCUCGGUCUAUUUUGAUGUCAACAUUUGAGAACAUUCAGUAUUUAUUGUGUGCUCUGGGUGAUGGAUCUUUGUUUUACUUUAACUUAAAUGUAGAUACUGGUUUUUUCUGUGAUAAAAGAAAAGUGACAUUAGGUACACAGCCUACAGUGUUACGGACAUUUAAAUCUCUAUCAACCACAAAUGUUUUCGCUUGUUCUGAUCGUCCAACUGUUAUUUAUUCUAGUAAUCACAAACUUGUAUUUUCUAAUGUAAAUCUUAAAGAAGUGAAUCAUAUGUGUCCAUUAAAUUCUGAAGGAUAUCCGGACAGUUUAGCCUUGGCAAAUGACAACACAUUAACAAUUGGAACUAUAGAUGAAAUCCAAAAACUACACAUAAGAACAAUACCCCUGUUUGAAUCUCCCAGGCGUAUAGCUUACCAGGAGGCAUCUCAAACUUUUGGUGUAAUAUCAAUGCGACUUGACCUUCAAGACAGCAGUGGUAUGACCCCUACACGACCUAGUGCUAGUACACAUGCUGCCAUGACAACAUCAAGUUCUAGUGGUAAAAUGGUCACACAAGGAACAAGUACAAUGGGAGAACAUUGUGGAGAUGAAGUGGAAGUUCACACUCUGCUAAUUAUAGAUCAGCACACGUUUGAGGUACAUCAUGCCCAUCAAUUAAUGACAAAUGAGUUUGCAACUAGUUUGAUCUCAGCCAAGUUUGGUGAUGAUCCAAAAACAUACUACGUAGUAGGAACAGCACUUGUUCAUCCAGAGGAAGGGGAACCUAAACAAGGAAGGAUCAUCAUCUUUGACUUCAGCGAUGGUAAAUUAAAUCAAGUUGCAGAAAAAGACAUCAAGGGAGCAGCCUACAGCUUGGUAGAAUUUAAUGGAAAACUACUGGCUAGUAUAAAUAGUACUGUUAGAUUGUUUGAGUGGACUGCCGAGAAGGAACUUCGAUUAGAAUGUAGCCAUUUUAACAACAUAAUAGCUUUGUAUUUGAAAACUAAAGGAGAUUUUGCUUUGGUCGGAGACUUAAUGAGAUCAAUCACUUUGUUGUUGUAUAAACCUAUGGAAGGAUGCUUUGAGGAGAUUGCCAGAGAUUGCAAUCCUAACUGGAUGACAGCUGUAGAAAUUUUAGAUGAUGAUAAUUUCUUAGGAGCUGAGAAUUCAUUCAACUUGUUCACAUGUCAGAAAGAUAGUGCUGCAACAACAGAUGAAGAACGACAAAACUUGCAAGAAGUAGGAUUGUUCCACCUUGGUGAAUUUGUAAAUGUUUUCAGACAUGGUUCCUUGGUUAUGCAGCAUGCUUUGGAGAGCAGUACUCCAACACAAGGUUCUGUUUUGUAUGGUACUGUAAAUGGAGCAAUAGGAUUGGUUACACAAGUUCCUCAAGACUUCUUUAAUUUCUUGUCAGAGAUACAAGUUCGUCUGGCCAAGGUCAUCAAGAGUGUCGGAAAAAUAGACCAUUCAUUCUGGAGAUCAUUUCACACAGAAAGGAAAACAGAACCAUCAACUGGAUUCAUAGAUGGAGAUUUAAUUGAAAGUUUCUUAGAUCUGAAUAGAGACAAAAUGCAAGAGGUUGUACAAGCAUUACAGAUGGAUGAUGGUAGUGGCAUGAAGAGAGAGUCAACUGUAGAUGAUAUAGUCAAGAUGAUAGAAGAACUGACAAGGAUUCACUAAUAUUUAUUGUUUUUUACUUGUAAAUAAUGUAUUGAUUGCCAUAGUAAUUUUUAUUUGAAAGCUGCAAUUAAAGAGUUUCUAUUCAUUAUCAUUGCAAUUAAAUAUUCUAUCCAGUAAGUUCAGUCUGGCAUGAUAAUUUGUGAUUUGGGAAAUUUUCUGACUGCAAUUUAUACUUAAUUCUUUAAAUAACUUUGUAGCAGUAAAUUUAUUCUUUAAAUAACAUUGUUGCAGUAAAUUGUUUUGCAUUUGAUUUUGAUAGUUCAAGACAGAUAUAGUAUAAAAUCUUUAUGCAUCAUUCUUUUCAUGUAAGUUAUGUAUAUAAGAUAAUUCCAUUUUCCUUGCAUUUCUGGGGGGAAAUGUACCAUUUUGCUUUCCUUUUGUCUCCAAAAUUUUGAAUUGAUACCAAAUAAAUUUCAAAUCUGUAUCUCAUUAUGAUAGUUUUUAGAUAAAGAUGAGAGAAAUACAAAAGGCAUAAAAAAUUAGCUGAUUUCUAAGUAAAAAAAGUUUAUUGGUUUUAAAUGGAUAUUUACAAUAGAAGGUUAAUAAUAUAUUUCUAUUUGAAUAGUGGGGGAUCAUUAAAUUCAUGGUAAUAGUAGGCAUUUUUUUUUUGCUCAAUCAUUCAUUUCCCUUGUAUGAAUAUAAACCUGUUUCUUUAUAUCUACAGAUUUAGGAUCAAAUACAUUUUCUGUUUUACUGAACAAUUUCAAUAUGCACCAAGUUCAGUCUGAAAUUAUGAACCUGGAUACGAUUGUUAAUUCAUGUGUGGCAUUUCUUAUUUUUGGACAGCAUUUAUUUCUGAUUUAAAUAUGUAUAGACCCUUUUGUGUAUUGAUUAUUUUGCUAAAUACAACAUCAUCGAUAAGGCUAUUCUCUAAUGUAUCUUCAAUAUUGAAUUCAAAUGAAUUGUGCAUUUUUCAUGAAGAUUUAUGUACAAUACAUAAAAGUAUGAAAAAAUGAAGUACAAAAUAAACAUUUUUGAAAUUAAUAUUUUGAUGGAAAAAUGUGUUAACUGUCAUUUAAAGACCAUGUCAAUUUCAAAAUGUUUUCAUCUUGGAAAAAAAGUGCUUUUUUUUAGGAGAAUAAAUGUUUGAUUACAUGCAAGAUGUUUAAAAAGAAAAUUAGAAGGAAGUUGUAAACUAUUAUUGAACAUCCUUGAGAACAUUUCUAACUUAUGUAUACUCUAAUUAUCCCAUCAAACUUCACACAUUAUAGUUCUUGUUAUUUAAAAAACCAUUGUUGUGACAAAUGUUUUUGCUGUUAUUGUACAUUGUACUGUUUAUAGUGCUAAAAUAUUUUAUACAAAAAAUGAAUGAAGUGUUGAAAUGAA